UGAUUUUUCUUUUCUUUUUUGAAGCUGCAGGAUGUUCUACUUCCACUGCCCUCCCCAGCUGGAUGCCGAGUGUUGUCGCUCCAACACAUUGAAUUCGAGCACUUUUGCCAACCACGCCCCAGCUGAUUUCGAUGAUGGCUUCCUGCGGAGGAAACAGCGCAGGAACAGGACCACGUUCACUUUGCAACAGCUGGAAGCCUUGGAGGCGGUCUUCGCACAGACCCACUACCCGGACGUGUUCACGCGUGAGGAGUUGGCCAUGAAGAUCAACCUGACAGAGGCCAGAGUGCAGGUCUGGUUUCAGAACCGCAGGGCCAAGUGGAGGAAGACGGAGCGAGGCGGCGCGGACCCAGAAGGAGGCAAAGAGCAGAUAAGCGAGGGCGCUCCUCCGACUCGCGCCAUCAACCCUCAGUCGCCCUCCGAGCAGAGCAGAAAACAGAAAGAGCCGCUGGAGAUGCAGCAGAGCAUGAACAGGCCCGUGGGUCCUGGUGGUCCCUUCUUCCCAUCUUGUCUACCGGGUACCCUCCUCAACUCUGCCACCUACGCUCAGGCCCUCUCUCAGGUCGCCACCUUAAAAGGUAACGCUUUGUGUUCCUGCUGCGUUUCGGACCCCAUGGGCUUAUCCUUCCUGCCGCCCUACGGUUGCCAGGGCAACCGCACCGCCAGCGUGGCCGCCCUGCGCAUGAAGGCCCGCGAGCACUCGGAGGCGGUGCUGCAGUCGGCCAACCUGCUCGGCGCCGGGCCCGGGGUUGGCAGCGCGGGGGUCCUGUCCGGGGUGACGGGCAUGAUGAGGCCCUCGGCGGCCGCUUCAGCUCAGUUGGAAGUGAGCGGAACAGCCGGAAGAGGAAGUGACAGCUCCAGUCCCAACACGGCCUCCAAGGUGUCUGACAAGCACCCUCAUUGCUCCGAUAAGGAUGCACUGGAGAAGAAGUGAGGACUCUCAAGCGUCCGAGACUGACUCCUGGUCCGCUAGGCGCAACUAUGGAGCUAUUUAAAUGAUUAUUCUUAUUAUUUCUGAACAUUUGGGGACUUGUUUUCCUCAUGAAAGCACACGUUUGGAUCUGGUUUUCUGCACUCUUUCAUGGACUAGUACGGUAAAGGGCAAAAUGAUUGACAAACAGGGCAAAUUUCAAGUUAAAUAUUUUUGGGAACUGGUCUCUUUUCGCCGGGAAUGACACAAGAGAGUAGCAAAAGACUGUGAUGUUGCGUAAUACCAACUAUUUUCAUUAUUUUGGUCUCAAUACACGCACUCCAUCCAAUGGUUUAAGUCCUCAUAGUGCUGUAGUAAAUUUAUGAGGUACCAAUUAUACAAAUGUUUAUUAUUAUACUGUUAUGAGCCAAGGUUUUUGCUCAGGUUCCCUUAAGGUUUUUAAAGUUGCCCGGAACAAAUGCUCUCACGGGCCAUGUAUGGCCCACAGGCCGUAGGUUACCCACCGAUGCUCUUCUAGCUUCCUCUAGAUUAACAGGAUCCUUUAUUUAUUUUUUUUGCUUUAACACAUGGCGUUUGAGAGUGUGAGACUUCAGGGGAGGCGUUGCAGCUUUAGAAAAAUGAAGAAAAAUGCAUUUUUCUAACUUCAGAUAUGUUUAAAGGUAAAAUGAGUUCCUAUAACGCCACAAAGUACAGCCUGGAAAAUGUAUUAUACUUCUCACAGUCUUUUGCCACUUUUAUGUAUUAUUUACAACUAAAAAAUAUACUCAUUCAACAAAUAAAAUUGCACUUGGACUGAAAAUUUGGCCAGAGUAUAAAUCACUCGGCCUUAAAUGUAAACUUCCACUAAUAACCAAUGGAUAAUGUGAAUUUAUGUCAAUUCCUCUUGUUUUCCUCCCCGGUGGGCCGAUACUUAACUUAUUGUGAAUGUUGAUGCAUGUAACUAAUGGCAGGGCUUUGCUGCAUUCGUGUGUUUCCACACGUCAAUCUUUCCAUUCUUGUUGAUCUUGAAGUGAAAGUGCACUUUAAUCUAAAUAUCAAAUCAGCCAUUCCCAGUGUAAAUACGUCCAUGUGGCACCCCCCCCCAACCGCCCCUUCUCCACUAUUCUGUUAGCACGACGUCCGUCCGACAGCAAACACACCGCUGUUCCUGUUGUGACAUGUUCUUUAAAACAAUUAAAGAUGUAGUCGCUCAUGUUCCUCUGGCUGCAGCCAUCUGUUCUUAUCCAUUAUUUAGCAGCUCCUCUUCAACGCCGAGGAGAGCAGACCUUAGAGUGAUGCUUAUUAUUUACUUUUUAGGAAUCUUCUCCUUGUGUCUUAA